AGACAUCUCUUUGCUUACUUUCAAUUCACUAAAUCACCACCAACGGAAGACAAGUACAACAGUCAUGCCUCUCGUCAAGAUUGAUAUGAUCAAAGGCGUGCGCACGCCCGAAGAGAUCAAGAAGCUCGCAGACAUCGUCCAGGAAAUCAUGCUAGACAAGUUCUCGGCACCCGCGCGGGACCGUUACCAGAUCAUCACUCAACAUGAGCCGUAUGAGAUAAUAUGUGAAGACACGAACCUGGGCCUGCAACGCACAGACAAGCUCGUCUUCAUCCAGAUCUUCCAGCAGGGCCGUGAUGCAGCCAAGAAGCAAGCCGUGUACGCGCAGCUGGCAGAGCGUCUUGAAAAAGAAUGCGGUGUUCCUGGCUCGGACCUUAUUGUUAGUGUUGCAGCAAACACAAGGGAGGACUGGAGCUUUGGACUUGGCAGGGCUCAAUUCUUGACUGGAGAAUUGUAACAAGAGCUGUGGAAUGAUAGAACAAUAGAAGAGAAGAACAUAGAGUUACACGAAAGAAGAAACAAGACAUAGAGGCAAGACUAAUUUAGCAACGAGGUCGACUAUCUGUUCAUUGGGUGGUUCAGCUGAAACACUGUGUAGACACGUUAAAGAUAGGCCGGGCAUAAACUGUCUCAGCCAAGCGAAGAGCAUGGCCAGCUCUCGUCUUGAGUUCUCACGAGCUUCUGAAAUACGAAAACGUUGUAGUACCGUGAUACAAUCACGCGACUCGGUUCAUCUCCUAGGCAUCUGGCGUGGGACAAAUCAGGGUCUCCGCUGCUGUGUUGCCAACACCAGGCACAAUGCAGCACGCGACCAGGGUGUCCUAACGACAAGG